AUGGUGCCCAAGGCGCUGCAGUACUUGGCAUGGCUCUCAUUGGAGCGGGAAUCCCGCGAGCACGAGGAGCCGACCACCUCGGAGAUGGCGGAGGAGACCUUCUCGCCCAAGGUGAUCCGGACCAAGCACGGGCGCCUCUCCGAGCUCAAGGCCGAGGCCCUGAAGAAGGACCGCAGGAAGAAGCUGACCUUGUCGAAGUUCGUCGGCGGGGCGGAGAACACGGCGCAUCCCCGGGUCGCCGUCCCCGAGCUGAGGCAAGAGUUCGAGCUGGGCCCUUGCCGCAGGCAGAUGGAGGCCUCGCUGCAGGAGAUCAAAACCAGCGAACGGAUGAUCCCCCGAGCCGUUCACCUUCCCAACUGCGACCGGAAGGGAUUCUACAAGAGGAAACAGUGCAAACCGUCCCGGGGGCGGAAGCGCGGGCUGUGCUGGUGCGUGGACAAGUAUGGACUGAAGCUGCCGGGGACCAAUUACGUGGCGGGCGACCUGCAGUGUCACAGCUUCGACAGCGGCGUCACCGAGUGAAGGGCCUGCGCCGUCCCCCCGCCCCCUGCCCCCACGCCUCCCCACGCCCCGGGACUCCGAACCCUUUCAUCUCAUUUCGAAAAACGGAAGAAACUGAGGACCUCGGAAUCUGCAGCCCGUCCUCGCCCGCGCGGCGGCGGCAGCUAAAGGAGAAGAGGAAAGCAGAAGUCAAACCGGCGCCGCCUUCCCAGUACAGACUCCCCCAAAUGCUCUCGACUCCCCAUGCAGGGACGCAGCCAGCGCCAACGUAGGCAUCGGCUUGGGGGCUUUUCUAUUGUGGGUUUGGUUUGGUUUGUUGAUAUUGGGGGGGGGGUGUCUUUUUUUUGUUUGUUUUGGUUUUUAGACUAGCCAGCAACUUUCUAAACGGUCUCCAGCGAAACCAGACAAAGCCCCACGAUGAGGCCCACGUCCACCGCUCAGCCCUUGCGUUUGAGUGGCUUGUUUGGCACUGCCAGAGCUAAUAUUGAUCCUCCACUGGCGCCAAAAGCCCUUUGAUUGAUAUCUCCAUAGAGAUAGAUGCACAGCUUUCUGGGCGUUCGGUGUCUGGAACAUUGUUGUAAACGGGUUUGCAUUUCUUUAGGAAACGAGUCAGGGGAUAACAGCUCCUGCUGGCAAAAGAUAGUGGUGGCUCCUUUAAAAAAAAAAGCAACAGCCAAACGAUAACCAAUCACCUUUCAGCUCCAUCGGGGACCGUUGGCCCUGAGCAGUGUCAGGAAUCUUAUUUCCUGUCAAGUGAAAUAAUUUGAAAUGUUGUUGGCCAUCGGUGUGUGGCAAUUUAUGUUGUGUGUGUACCUGUGGCUCUAUUUCCGCCUUGCAAAACUGGCUCCAAUCCUGCAGUCACAUGUGCUUAACUUGACGCACAUGAGAAGUCCUGGCAUUGGCCGCUGUCGGAAGACAGGAUACUUGGCUAGAUGGACCUUUGGUCUGACCUAGUCUGGCCGUUCUUAUGUCCUGUAGACAUGAACGGGCCUUUUCCCAUGCUUAAAAUCCUGCACAAGGUCAAGGGUUUGGAAAAUCAGCGUCCAAAUUCAGGCAGAAGGACCCCCCCCACACACACACACGCACAAUCCUGCAAACAAUUUAGCAUGUGUCUAACUUUACUCACGGGUGCAGUCCCACAGAUAGCUGUGCUUAAAUGGCUGUGGGAUCGGGCUCAAAAAUCUUUACGACCCUCUGCCAUGAUGGGAAAAAUGAAUGAUAUUGUCCUUGCCCAUCAAAAGAAUCAUUUGCCCAAAUGCAAACCUCUCUCUUCUUCUGUUGCAAUGGUAAAAUACAAAUGUCAAGUCUCUCCCCCUGCAAUGAGCUCCAUAGACGCCCAGGCCCCGGCAGAGUUUAUUGCGGGAUUGGUGCUGUAACUUGGCCAGGACUGUUUGGCCAGCUCGUUGGCUGUUGUGACUCACACCACGGAAGCCACUGAUCUGACCAACUCAAGCGGCAUCUUCAGGCGUGGCCAGAUCGCUGCAGCCUUUGGACUUGUGUAUUUUUUAACUCUUGGGACCGUUUCCCCCCCCCUACUUUCCCCACGACAAGGGUCUUUGUUAAGGUCGCUCCCAACAAGACUCCGCAGCAAAGAGGACGGGGCGUUUGGCUGACUCCCUGCUUUGGCGAACUACCGGUGCUCAAGGUGUCGCUACCCAUUGCUACGUCGCUGAGUGUGCGGACGCGCCCACCGAAAGAACUAGCCCCCACCCCAUCCUGGCAGAGGCUACGACUGGCCCAGGCAGCGUGCUAAUUAGCGAUACGAAGAGCGCGCCGGUUUCUUCCCUGUGCCAGCCGGGACGGGCCCUGCUGCGGGCUGAUCCUCAGCAAAGCUAGAGCGACGCCCACUAGCGCAGAUCAAAGGGAACCAAGGAAUCUCCCCGAGCUAGACUGGCUACUGCAUGACUGGGACUUGUGGGGUUUCUUUCUCGACCUUCCCAGAGGAGCAUGAGCCUGGCACUGCGGCGGCUGGGCAGUGCCUGCCUCCCCUGCUGGGCUUUGGGCAGUGGUGGGGGGAGUGGUUACCCCACUGGUUUUGCUGAGCGGAGCAGAGGGUUUUGCCCCGUGGGAGACUGGCAGGGAGUCUGUGUGUGCCAGCGUCCCCUGUCUGUGCUGUGCCGCCGGGCUCCCAACACCAGAGCAUGUCGUGCUCACGGAGCCUGAUUCUCAGUUCCCCAGGCACGUGCUCAGGGCAGAGGGUGCCUUGUAUUCUGGGGCUGGGCAGCCCCCAGGGUCAGGUAGGGCAGCCUCAGGGCUGCUCUGGCUUACGCUCUGGCCCUAGUGCAGUGUGCUCUGGCCACCCUUCCUCCCGCGGCCAGCCGGAGACACAGCGCCUAGCAUUGUGCAGAGGGGCCGCGGUGUAACCGGGAACCAGGCCCACAGACCAGGCCCUGGCGAGGGAAGCAGAGACUUUGGCUGAGAAACUAGCAGUGAUUUGAGAGCAGAAACCGCCUCAAACGCCUUUCUCCUAUCACCAGGUGGCGCCAUUUCCCAGGGCAAGGCUGGCUGCGCAGGUCCGUGGGUCUCGCCAUAUGAGAUGUGUCCCCUCUCUGCCCACUCACGGCCUGGUUCUCAGGACGGUCCACACACACACACACACACACACACACACACACACACACACACACACACUCCCUAGCUCUAUUGCAGGGAGGUGCAGAAAGCUCACGACACUUUUCCCUUGCCCUGCCAGCCAAAUACGUGUGGGGAAUGCAGGGCCACCCCCAGGGUACUCAGUGGAGUUACAGGAGGCCUGGAUUUAUUCCACGCAUGGCCAUGGAUAGCACAUCCAUUGGGACCCACCCCCCACUCCCACCCCAGGAAGCAUCAAAACCCGGCCACCCAGCAGCCCUGGGCAUCUCUCCAGCUUGUCCUGGAAGCUCUGGGCUACUUGAAGGGACAGAUGAGCACACACUGCUGCGGCCGAGUCCGGCCGGGGAGCCCGAACAGGUCAACGUUCAAAGGCCUUUGGCGUUGGUGGGCUAGGUCAGUCCAUUGGAAAUGGAAAGAUGUUUGCCAAAGUCACCCCUAUAUCCUGGUCCGGCUCUGCUCCUUGCCCCCAGGAGCAGACCUGGGGUGAUCCCACCUUGCUCCGGAGGUCACUGUGUGCAUUAGAGGCAAGCCACAGCCUUGGAGAAUGGGGUAGCUGGCAGAGAAGAGAGCACAGGGGCCAUGUACACCCCAAAGGAGGACGGACGGCGCGAGCAAAGCUCUCGCACGGGGAGGCAGUGCCCCCAUCAGCCGGGCUUGGCCAGUCCCUCUGCCACGCGCCCUCCCCAAGUGACCCCGAGUCCUGACUCUUUGAGGCCAGUACCCACCUUCCUCCCUUCUUGCGCGCUCUCACCCUUGCUUGUUUGUUUGUCUUGCUGUGGGUUUAGUCCCCGAAACUUGAAAGCAGGGCCGGGCUGCGGUCUCGCCGA